AGGAAGAACUCGGAAAGCAGCAGCAUGCCGCAAUUUUCAUCGGACAAGGUCUCAGAUUGGGAUGUCUCGUGGCUGGGAUAUGCAUAUUGCCUUGGUCUAGGAUUUGAGCAUCCCGAGAACUGGGGCACAGGAGACUAUGGUGGCAUCCGCUUGUACGACUGGGACGACAAGCUGUGCUGUCUGUUGAGGCAGUACACGGUUGACUGCGGUGAGAUUCUGUCCGACCAUGGCCUCAUCGGUUCUUGUGUCCACAAGUAUCUCUGUGGGUACGGGAGUACCCAGUGCUUCCUCGAGAAUGUGCAGGAGGAAGAUUCGUCCUGUAUUGUGACAGAUUUGAGGUAUUACCUCAGGUUGCAGGAAAAGCAGUUGGGAGGUGAGUGCAAAAACAAGUGCUGUUGUCUUCGACAGACAAGCAAGUGCCGCUGCGAACCUCCAAUCGAUGAGAAUCGAGUGAUAUACAAGAACUCCGGCAAGGUCUGCUGCAUCAGUCAGAAGGAUGCAUUGAAGAUCACGGACCUCGACUCACCUCCUGGUUUCCUCUCCAUCCAAGAGCGGUGGCUUUGCCUGUUCUGCAGUGUAAACAUAAUUCCCAAGAGCCCCUUUGUGGAAUUCUUCACAUCGCGCCUGUAUGGUCAAGGGAAGGUGCCAGGCACGAAGAUGCAACACUCGUCCUUCUUUUCCCCCGAUGACCUCGGAGUCAACAAAUCGGCUGCGCAAACCUCCGCAUCUGUCGGGUUUUCUCAGAAACCAGCGUCUCCUCAACAACAAGCUUUUCCUCAGCAGCCUGGAGGUUAUCCUCAACAAUCGGGCCCAGAGAUCAGCCUACCGCAACCGAUGAGGAUGUAAGCCGGGUGGUAGUAUCUCAGCACCGCCGCUACACUGACCAGUCCAGUCAGUCUUUACGUUAUUGACUGUAACGGACUUGAUAAGUCUUGCUGUCCUGUAAUGCAAUCAUACAAUUGUGCAAUAGUGAGGCCGUGAAUGAAACUUGCUCAGCUUGU